AAGCUACACAAGACGUCGAUAACCAAAUCACACCAACUGAUUCAAGAAACAAUUCAAGAAACAGAAAGAACGCAUUCUUACAUCUUCGUGUCUACACAUCGUUAUGUAUCAUUCGCAUUCGAUGAAUGCAUUAACGAUGUUUCUGUUUCUGCUACUUUUGAGCUUUCAAGCUUCAUCAUCUUCUUUUCCACUUUCAUUCAGAUCUCGAUCACUUCUUCGAGCUUUAAACGCAAAAACAAAUAUUACGAGUGCAAAAACAGGGGAUCAUGAUUAUGCUGUUGAUCUAAACAUCACCGAUUUCAAUGAUGUUCUUGGGAAAACAAAGGCCCCUUUCGCCAUUGUUGAAUUCUUUGCUCAUUGGUGUCCAGCUUGCAGAAACUAUAAACCCCACUAUGAAAAAGUUGCCAAGCUUUUCAACGGAGCGAAUGCAGUUCAUCCAGGGAUGAUACUGGUGACCAGGGUUGACUGUGCAGAAAAGAUAAACACCAAUCUUUGCGAUAAAUUCUCUGUUGAUCGGUUCCCCAUGCUUUUUUGGGGACCUCCUUCUCAUUUUGCUUCCUUCAGUAAGAAGGGGAAUACUACAAUACUCUUUAUUGAUGAUAGAAAGACAGCAGACCGAGUACUGAUAUGGAUUAAUAAGCGAAUAGGCAGCUCAUACAGCGUGGACGACCUGAGAGACGUAGAUGAGGAUGUUAGAGCAGAUAUCUCAGAUCGGAAACAGAUUGCACGUGCUCUAUAUAAUGAUACUGAGGAAGCAACAUAUAUGGCCUUUGACUUGAUCUUUGAACACAAGAUGAUAAAAUUUAAGACACGGGCAUUUUUUAUAGAAUUUCUUCAACUUAUUGCUGCUCAUCAUCCCUCUAGGAGGUGCCGAAAAGGAAGUGCUGAUAUACUUGUGAACUUUGACGAUUUGUGCCCAUUAGAUAUCUUGUCAGGCAAGGAAGAAGAGUGUAUGACUAGUAGUGGAAAGAGCACCAUUGGUAAUUCUCAGAUUUGCGGUAGCGAAAUUCCUCGUGGUUAUUGGAGUUUUUGUCGCGGUAGCAAGAACGAUACCAGAGGCUUUAGUUGUGGGUUGUGGGUUUUGCUACAUUCACUUUCUGUUAGAAUUGAGAAUCGAGAGAGUCAGAUGGCAUUUACAGCUACUUGUGAGUUUAUUCACAAUUUCUUCAUCUGUGAGGAGUGUAGAGAACAUUUCUAUGACAUGUGUUCAAGUGUUUCUAGUCCUUUCAACAGAACCCGUGAUUAUGCCCUCUGGUUGUGGACUGCACAUAACAAAGUUAAUGAGAGACUGAUGAGAGAUGAAGCCUCUCUAGGAACCGGUGAUCCUAAAUUCCCAAAAAUGUUUUGGCCUCCGAAAGAACUUUGCCCUUCUUGCUAUUUUGUUCAGAGCCACAAGAGUGGUGCGUACAGUCAAAUUAGAUGGAACCAUGAUGAGGUUUUCAACUUCUUGGCUAACUAUUACGGGAAGAGACUCCUGACAGAGUACAAGGAUGAGAAACUUCCUGGUGAUGCUGGAAGAAACAAGGCAGUUGUCAAAGAAUCAGGAACUUCAACUCAUGCACGUGUUCCUUGGGGGGCUGCACUUGCAAUUGUUGUAGCAGCUUGUGCAUUUGGAGCACUCGCUUGCUACUGGCGUCUAAAGCAGAAGAAUUGGAAGUACUUACACCAUCUACACUCUCUAAAAAACAUAUGAUUGUUUGGAGAGUUUGUAAUCCAUUAAUUCUGGAGUACUACAAGAAGACGUUUCUCAAACUAUUUUUUCGAGAGGAAAAUGAAUGGGAUAAAAAAAGUCAUGGGAGUAAUUGUUGUGGAAAUAUCUAGAAAAGGGGUUGGAUUUUUGCUAGAAGGUGGUACGAAGCAUUCGUAUAUGUUUUGUUCUGCGUAUAUUUCAGAAGAAGCAGAAGCUGGAGUCUAGACUGUUAUAUAGAAAUACCUUAUAUAUUUCAAUGAAUUAGAAUUAGUGGAAAAGUAGGUGUAGAUCAGGUUCCCUUCUCAACCUUAUUGCAAACCUUUUAUCAUGUGUCACUAGUAGUGAGGUCUCUUCUAUACUAUCUACAGCUUUUACAUUAUUAGACAAGAUGGAGUGUACAGUUUUAUACCUUGUCAAGUUUUGAAUAGAUUUUUUUCUCAUUUUUACAUGUA